AUGGACGAAAAUCAAGGAACUACAGAAGAUACUAUUAUCGCGCAAGAGAAUGUUGUUAAUGUUGAAGAAGGCGCUGUUCCAAAGUUGAGUCCAGAAGAAUUAGUGGUAUAUAAUAGGUUGAAUGUUGCAGAAAAAGUUACUUUUUUGAAGGUACUUG